AUGAGUAACAGCAAGUUUACUUUCUUCAUCUUGGGUGGUUUUGUGUCCUGUUGCUGUGAUGUGGAGGGUUCUCGGGACGUGCCCGUUGCUGAGGUGGAGGGUAGUCGGGACGUGCCCGUUUCUGAGGUGGAGGGUAGUCAGGACGUGCCCGUUGUUGAUGUAGAGGGUAGUCGGGACGUGCCCGUUUCUGAUGUGGAGGGUAGUCGGGACGUGCCCGUUUGUGAUGUGGAGGGUACUCGGGACGUGCCCGUUUCUGAUGUGGAGGGUAGUCGGGACGUGCCCGUUGCUGAGGUGGGGGGUAGUCGGGACGUGCCCGUUUCUGAUGUGGGGGGUAGUCGGGACGUGCCCGUUGCUGAUGUGGAGGGUAGUCGGGACGUGCCCGUUGCUGAUGUGGAGGGUAGUCGGGACGUGCCCGUUGCUGAGGUGGAGGGUAGUCGGGACGUGCCCGUUGCUGAGGUGGAGGGUAGUCGGGACGUGCCCGUUUCUGAUGUGGAGGGUAGUCGGGACGUGCCCGUUUCUGAUGUGGAGGGUAGUCGGGACGUGCCCGUUUCUGAUGUGGAGGGUAGUCGGGACGUGCCCGUUUCUGAUGUGGAGGGUAGUCGGGACGUGCCCGUUGCUGAUGUGGAGGGUAGUCGGGACGUGCCCGUUGCUGAUGUGGAGGGUAGUCGGGACGUGCCCGUUGCUGAUGUGGAGGGUAGUCGGGACGUGCCCGUUGCUGAUGUGGAGGGAAUUUGCUUUCCUAGUUGUUAA